AUGGGUUCAGGCAGAAUGUACACCUUGAGCUUGAAGCAAACUGACAUUAUCAAGGCUGCAACCGCGGCGCAGAACCUGAGGCUACCCAUGUCGAACCUUGACUUACUCAUACCACCGUUAGACGUUGGCGUUUUCUUCUGCUACAAGAAAUCAAUUCCUCCUGAAAAAAGUAUCAGUCUCAUCAAGAAAUCACUUGGCUUAGCACUGGUCCCGUUUUAUUCGCUUGCGGGAGAAAUCGUUCAGACCGGCCAAGGUGAACCGGAGAUUCUGUGCAAUAACUGUGGUGUCGAAUUUGUUCAUGCUUGUGCUGAGCUAGAGCUUAAAGAUCUUGAUCUCUACCACCCUGAUGAUUCUGUAGAGGGAAGACUGGUUCCAGUUAAGACAAAAGGUGUUCUUUCUGUUCAGGCUACCGAGUUCAGCUGUGGAGGGCUAGUCAUUGGAUGCACAUUUGAUCAUCGAGUAGCUGACGCACACUCGAUGAACAUGUUCUUGGCAUCGUGGGGGGAUAUAACCCGAGUCGAACCCAUCUCUCGCAUUCCAUCUUUCGACCGGUCCUUGCUCCACCCAAGACGCCCACCUCUCGUUAACCCCUUCUACGACAAGUUGUAUGUCCCUUUUUCAUCUCUCCCUCCACCGCGCACUUCGAUCCUAAGAAAUCCUCUCAUAAGCCGAAUUUACUACAUCAAAGCCGACGAAAUCCACAACCUUCAAAAAGCCUCAUCUUUGAAUGCAACUCCACAAACCAAACUAAUGUCAUUUAUCUCCUUUCUAUGGAAGAUCAUUGCAAAAGCAGACGACGAAUCCAAGAUAUGCCGAUUGGGCGUGGUGGUAGAUGGGCGAGAAAGGCUAUGCUAUGACAAAAUGAAAAACUACUUCGGAAAUGUACUUUCCAUUCCCUCUGGUGAAGCAAACUCGGGUCAUCUUAAUGAAAUGCAUCCUAAUGAGGUAUCUAAGAUGGUUCAUGAAUUUGUGAGUAGUGCAACCACUGAGGAACAUUUUAGGGGACUCAUAGACUGGGUGGAGGUUCAUAGACCUGAGACAGCAGUAACCAAAAUCUACACUCAAAUGGGAGACAAUGAUGGGGGUGCGGUGGUGGUGUCAUCUGGGAUGCGUUUACAGUUUGAAACGGUGGAUUUUGGAUGGGGAAAGCCUCAUUUUGGUUCGUAUCAUUUCCCAUGGGGUGGGCAAACUGGAUAUGUUAUGCCAAUGCCAAGUGUGACCAGCAAUGGGGAUUGGAUUGUUUAUAUGCAUCUUCUUCAAAAGCAUUUGGAUUUGGUCGAAACAAUGGGAUCCAAGGUUUUUAGGCCCCUGACUCCAACUUAUCUCCACUUUUAAGCCUAAUCAUGAUACUGAUUUAGUGUUUUAUGUGAAUUUGUGUGGAUUUGU